CACGUGGAAUUCUUGUUGACAGAACUACUUAUAAUAUUUUAUUUAAAAUUUGCUUUUAGAAAGUAUUUCUUAACAAAAAUGAAAGUUGCAUCGAAAAAGCUGGCAAAUCAAUCAGUCAAAAAUAAGAUUGCAAAAACGAAAAAAGUCGCUGCUAAAACCAAGAUCAAAAUAAAACCAGUGCCGGUCAAACAGAAACAUCUAAAAAAAAAUGUCAAAGAAAAUAAGAAAAGUAAAACUCGAAAACACUUAGAAGGGCUUAAAGAUAUUGAUCCAGAGUUUUACGAAUUUCUAAAGAAGAACGAUAAAAAGUUGCUAGAAUUUAAUCUAUGGGAUAGUGACGAUGAUGAAGAAAUUGCUGUAGAAGAGAAUAAGAAGCGGCCAAAGGGAAAAGAUGGAAAAAAACCACCAAAAAAAUGCAAUGAUUCUGAAGAGGAUAGCGAAUCUGCGUCAGACAACGUUGACGCUGAUGAGGAGGAAUUACACACACCAAACCACCAAUUAGAAGUAGCUAGCGAUGAGAGCGAUUUCGAAGAUGACAAAGAUGUUACGGCAGCCGAGGAUUCGCAAAAAGUUACUUUGAAUAUUUUACGUCAGUGGCAAAGGGAAAUGGAAAAUGAUACAGUAUCUGUGCAUACAAUACGCAAAACAGUGCAAGCAUUUAGUUCGGCUUUGUGUAGUAUAUCAGGAGACGGUGACGAAGCUAAAGCACCUAAAGUUUUCAAAGUUGUUGGGGCAGCUGCUUUUAAUGGCGUGGUUCAGUUGUGCGUUUUACAUUUACAACCAGCUUUGCUUCGCUUUCUGGGUAUUUCAUCUGGUACUGCGUUGCCUCUGCAUAAAUUGAAAAAGUGGGCAAAAAUUCGCAGCUGUUUACGUGUCUACCUGUCAGAUCUGAUUCGUUUGGUUGAGCAGGUAUCUAGUCCACAUAUACUGAUGGUCCUGCUAAAGCAUUUACAUCAGAUGGCUGCUAUGGUGACUCCAUUUUCGGCUUUGACCAAAACUAUAUUAAAAAGAUUAAUUGUAUUAUGGUCUGCUGGUGACGAGGCGGUGCGAGUUUUAUCAUUUUUGUGCAUAUUGAAAAUUACACGAAAUCAACAGGGCUCCAUGCUAAAUCAUGUGUUGAAAGCUAUGUAUUUCUCAUAUGUACGGAAUUCAAAGUUUGUCUCACCUAACACCCUACCAGCUAUUAAUUUUAUGCGUCGAUCAUUAGUAGAAAUGUUUGCGCUUGAUUUAAAUGUGUCUUAUCAGCAUGUGUUCCUUUAUGUGCGUCAAUUAGCAAUUCAUUUACGAAAUGCGGUUAUUCUGAAAAAGAAAGACAGUUUCCAGUCAGUUUAUAACUGGCAAUAUGUGAACUCGUUGCAUUUGUGGGCGGAUUUGUUGUCAACAACCGCAAAUAAGCCUCAGCUACAACCUUUGGUGUAUCCACUUGUGACUAUUACUAUCGGAGCGGUGCGACUUAUACCAACAGCUCAAUAUUUUCCUUUGCGUUUCCAUUGUCUACAGGUUCUCAUCUCGUUGUCCAAAGGCACUAAUACUUUCAUACCCGUGUUGCCUCUUAUUUUGGAAGUUUUGCGUAGUAAUACAUUCAAUGGCAAACACACGUCGGUUUCAAUGAAGCCCUUGCAAUUCACGUGUGUAUUACGCUUGAAUAAAAAGCAAUUAACUGAGAAUGGCUUUCGAGAUGAAGUUGUCGAGCAAGUUUGCGCGCUAAGUUUGGAAUAUUUAGCUUUUGAAUCGUCUUCUUUGGCCUUUAGUGAUUUAGUAGUGCCAGCUGUUGUAGCUUUAAAGGGUUAUCUGAAAGUAUGUCGAAAUCCUAAUUAUUCGCGUAAAGUAAAACAGCUACUAGAUAAAAUACAAGAAAAUGCCAAAUUCGUGGAGCAGGAAAGAGCCAAAAUCACUUUUAGCCUUAAGGAUUUGUCCCAAGUCCAAAUGUGGGAAACGAAAAUUCGCAACAAAGGCACUCCCUUGGAUAUUUACUACAAUAGUUGGGUGAAAACACACGAAACGAAAAAGAGACGACAAGCAGCGCAGAGCGAAAUCAUUAACGAUGAUUAUGAUUUGCCCAAAAUAAAGAAGCUCACUAAAAGAUCUGCAGCAACAAUAAAAGAUGAAGGCGACGAAAUCGACCUGUUUCCUUCCGAUUCUGAAGAAGAAUCCGAAAAGCUGAAAUCGUCACCGGGGGCUGCGGACUCUCAGGGCGAUGAAAAACGAAAGCAACUAACAAAAGUGUCCAAAAGAGAGAAGAAAGUCAAAAUGGCUUUAGGGAAGCCAUCGAUAGAAUGCGGUGCACCAAAUGAAGAGCCUGAAAAUGAGGAAGUAGACAUUCUCAAGGACUUGGACUUGGAUGAUUGGUAGAAUUUAUAGGGUGUUUAGUUAAUAAUUUAAUUCUCUCUACAAUUAAUUAAUUGUUAAUGUU